UUCAUCGUGUCAGUGUGAAAGGUAUUCUAUGAUUGUAUAGAUCUUCGUGCCGGUAAAAUAUGUGAGUGUUCAGUAAAAUUCCGUCCGUUUAAAAAUAACGUGUGUGAAAGAAGACUAGACAUUCCAACAAUAUAAUAACUUCUACAGAACCUCAUUCUUUGAGAGGCAACUGGUCUAGCUUUAUACAGUCACAGUUUGUAUUGCUCUCCCCGAUUAAUUUCAGAAAGUAUUAGACCCAGCAAAAGGUUUGGAAAUAUGGUGAUAGACCUAAUUACACUAUAAAGCUAGACCAGCACCAUAGUUUCAGGAACCUUGUAAGGUUAGGAAUAAAUAAGAGAUGGAUCGAGUCGGAAGGGGUAGAUCAAGGGGAGGACGAGUGCUGCAGGUCUCAGAACUGGGUCGAGGUAUGGGCCAUGGCAAGAUCAUGGCCGGGCGCGGAAUUUAUGUGGUGACCGACAAUGAUCACAUCAAAAGCAAUAUCAUUUCUAACAAGACAGAAUCUGAGCCUUUGGAAGAACAAUUGUCUCAGCUAGUAAAGACUGAGACAGGUUGUUUUAUCCGCAUCACUUUGGACUAUUUCACCUCCAAUAGUGACAUACAGUACUACACAGAUAAAGUAAUGGACAAAAUAUUGAAAAGUAGUUCAUCUUUUAUGGUGGAACAGUUUUCUAUGUGUUUCAAGCUGGUGACAUUGUUGGAAACUUAUGGGGAAGAUAUAAAAAAGAACAUGUUUUUUAGGCUUCAAAACACCUUCCAAGACGUACAGAUCCUCAUGCAAGAUCACGACUGUCUCAGUGAAGAAGAGAGAGAUAAAGUGCGUAACGUCUGUGAACUCUUGGGUCAGUUGUACUUCCGAUUCCGGAUACAGCUGGGAUUUUUCAAGAGGUAUACAGUGUUUGUUACACCUGCCAUUGAGUGUAUGAGAUUCCUACUGAGGUUGAAAGGUGAAAAAGAACUCGCCGUUCUCGUUAAGUUGGUGGUGCUGAACUACGCAUCACUGUGUGAGGUGUCUGAGAAGCAAGUGCAAGAGAGUUGUAGUGAGUUGAACGUGGAGGUGCGGAAAGCAAUAUUGCAGCCUGACACGACAGAAACAGUGCGCACGUGGCUGCUGUGUAUAACGGACUGCAUAGCAUAUAAAGGGGAGCUGCCGCCGGAGCUUGUCAAACUGUACACGGAGCUGCUGGGCAGUAGUGCGAUACAUACACCUCCUACACACAUGCUAGCUGAGGUUCCGGCUGAUCUCGCACUGUCUCAAGCCCACAUGUUCUCUGUCCCUCUCGAUGAGUACAAUAAACUCAGAAUUACUCCUUGCAGGCCACAAGAUGAAUGAAGUGUUUGAAAAAAGGAAAUGGUAUUUGUGGAUUCGCCUAAAUUCAGACUUAAACUAAUUUAUAUACAGACUUUGUAAAUAUGAUAGUGAUCAUUAAGAUUUUUUAUUUUCCCCAAAAAAAUUAAGAAUCUAUAUGUAGGCAUUCUAACAACAGCAUGCACUCUUCGCCUUUAGAUUGAAAAAGUACCCAUUAUUCUAGUGGUAUAUCUGUUUCUAUGAAAUUUCUUAACCAUUUAAGUGAUUAUAUUCUAUGAAAACUUUUUUUCCAUAAUAUUUACUUUUGUAUUGCGUUGUGAAGUUCAACCGCAAAGCACGUGUGAAAAAUGUCUUCACAAAGAGUUAUAAUUAAAUUAUUUAUCUACGAACAUAAAUUAUCCAGAACUAUUGUAUGAAAUUAAGUGGUCUUCAGAAAGAAUUAUGAAGAUAUAUACAUUUAUUUUGUUCUUGUUGAUGAAAUUUAAAAAGGCUUUAACGUAAAUUUUUUAAAGGAUUGCAUUUAUGGAGAUGCCUUCAUUACAUUUUCAAGGUUAUAGUGGUAAAAAUUAUAGGUUAUCACGAUACCACAUUUUACAUUUUCUUCGAAAACUUUAAGAAUGUAAAUGGAUUGAAGAAUUAAUAAAAAGUUUAAUUGACAGCCCACAGCCUGGAGACACCAGAGGCAGCCACAAGUUCAGAUAUCAGUUCUAAGUUGCAUGAAAAUGAAAAUACUGCAAGAAUAAAAACAAUAGUAAUGAAAUAUGUCUUUUGUUUUGACAAGUCCUAAAUUUAUUUAUAAGAUUUAUUAUGCUAGAUGAGAAAAGCAAACAAAAUAUUUUAAAUUUAAGAACAAAUUAUAAUUUGGCCAAAUAAUAAUGGUAACAAAAAAACGUUUUCACACUAGAUGGAAGCUUCCAGUGCUGAAAUGUACUCUACUGUAAGUAUUGUGAAUUAUGUUUGUAGUAUACGUAGAGGGAAGUUUUCCUUUGAAAAUUUAGAAAUGAUUAACUGAGCCAUUAUAGUUGUUAAUAUAUAUAUACAACGUCCCACAAGUAAUCCGAAAAACUUUUCAAGUGGUUUCCUCUUAUCGAAAUAAUGAAAAAUGUUCAUAUAAACAUAUUUCCUGAAACGCUUUGUUAGCAAGCUACGAUUAGCGAAAGAUUUCACCUGAUUUUCUUGGAAAGUACGGAAAUAAAGCGAACCGAUGUUUUUAUGGAGUAAAGAAAGUUGUUUAAUUUAUUGGAUUUUAUGUCAAUUGAACUCAAAAAUUGAAUAAAAUACAUCCCAGACCUGUAAGACACCCGUUUCUGAGAUAUCAAACAAAAUAUGCUAAAUUCAGUCUCGAAAAACAUGUUGUUUUUUUUUUAGAUUUGAAGUGCAUUAACUUUAUUAAAUGGGUAAUAAACACGCAAACUUUAAAACCAAAACGUAUAGAUAAUGUAGGUUAAUUCUGAAGAGAAUUAUGUAAAAAAGGCCAAUAAUAAACAAACUUAAAGUUCAAAAAAUUAAUUUCUAAUUAAAUCAACAUAUACAAAAAAUGACAGAAAAUGUUUAUUAAAUCUGUUUAUUAAAUGAAAGUUCUUCGUAAAAACUAAACAUUUAAAGAGUGUUGUCAGUCAAGUAAAUGGUCACAAAACAUGUACAGUAAUUAAUAUUGUAGGUUUAGGAACAAGAUUUUAAAAAUACAGUGUCAAUUGAAAUUCUUUUAGUUUGCAUUUGAGAAUCGAGAGUUGGCAACAAUAUCUGAAUACAAGUUAUUAAUGUACAGCUGUCCAAAAAUUCAGCUGUUGCAGUAACUCUUUCAUCAUCUUUGGUUUGUGCACUGUAUAUAUAUUAUUUGUACUUUAUUCGUGCUUUUUAACAACAAGAUACCGUUUACAUUUUCUUCAAGUAUGGAGAUAUUGUUUUUGUCCAUGGUUUUACCAAUGGAAAUAGUCGUGCAGCUAAACGUGAAUAUGAAAGACGAUUUCCGAAUAGAAGAACACCUACUUACGUAACAUUUGCAUUGGUUUUCAAUAACUUACGGAAAAAUAGAACUUUUCCAACCGUUAAUUGCUUGAGAGAACAGCCUGUACAUGAACAAGAUAAUAUCAUUGACAUAAUAGAAUGUAAUCCUCAACUUAGCACUAGCGGAUUUUCAAAUAGAUUAAAUUCAAAUUAUUUAUUGCCAGAACAUCUUUACAAUGUAUAGCAGUGUCAGAAACAAAUUCAGCAUAUACUAUCAUCCAUUAUAUGCAUUGCCUAGACCUAGUAACAAGUAUGUAUCCAAUUACAGCAUAAUAACCAUUAAUGUCAUAUGGGCUGAUAUUAAUCAAUAGCUUUUUUACACUUUUCUUGAAACAAUUAAUUUCAAGAGAUUUAAGAUGAGAAGGAAGAGUUGUAGAGUUUAAUGCCUGUUUCAGCAAAACAAUUUAAGACUACAUUGAGAUAUUCUAAGAGAAUUUGAGUUUCUAGUCAUAUGGUUAUGUACAGAUCUAUUUGUAGUUAUGGGAUGUAAAUUUCUUUUUAUAUACAAUAGGCAAUCUAAAAUAUAAAGUGCAGGUACUGUAAGAAUACCAUACUUUUUAAAUAAAAGUUUACAGUGAGUCCUUAUGAUUACAUUAGCUAUAAUCUUAAUAGCACGUUUUUGUAAAAUUAAUAAUUUUUUUGUGUUACAAUCAUUGCCCCACACAAUAAUUCCAUUAAACAUCUCGUAAUGCAGUCUGGAGAGCAAGAAAACAACUUUUAUCCAUAUCAUAUACAAAUGUGAUGGUGCACCGGUACAUUAUUUACAAAAUGUUAGGGAGCACGUGCAUAUAAGUUUUCCAGGCAGAUGGAUCGGUCAAGGUGGACCAAUUAAUUGGCCUCCUAGGUCUUCUGAUUUAAAUCCCUUGGAUUAUUACCUUUGGGGUCAUUUAAAGUAACUUGUAUACGCAGAACCAGUCAAUUCCAAAGAAGAAUUAUUGAACAAAAUUUUAAUUGCUUGUGAACUACUUAAGAACGACCGAGAUGCUAUCAAAAAAGCUACACGUGGUUUCGUUAAAUGCACUAGAUAGUGCAUAAAUGAUCAAGGAAUCAUUUUGAACACCAUUUAUAAGGUAUGAAAAUUAGAAUAAAAUAAAAUAUAAUAGAAUAAAAGAUUAGCGAAGAUCAGCAAUUAAAAUUUUUGUUUUUCUGCAUAAGAGAUACGUUUAAAUAAGGACAAAAUAACUCUAAAAAUGUUUCUCUUGUUCCAAGAAGAACGCUAAUGGUUUGAGGGUUAAAAGGUUAAAGGGCAGUCCUCCCAUCAGCCUGUGUAAGUGUCUGUGUGAUAACACUUGAUAGAAAGGCCCUUCAGAUUGAAACAUGGUACAUAGGAUAAUUUUAGUCCAAGGAAGAACUCUAUUGAUUUUGGAGUUAAAAGGUAAAAGAGGAUGCACUAAUAGGAAGGUGAAUUGGAGCUAAACUCAAUAAAUCAACCCUUGCCACCAUAGGCUACGUCUUUUGUUUUGUUGUACCGGGUCUUUCGAUACAAUUGUAUCAGUUUAUUAGUUAUAGAAAGUAUUAUUUGUAUAACACUGAUGGUAUUAUAACUCUUAAAUUAUUGGAAUUUUAAUAUACUUGUCAAGUUACCUUUACAACCUUUAGAAACUCCGCAUUGAAACCUAAUGAUAUAUAAAUAGCUAUAAGUGUAUAAAGACAUUUCUAAAAGCACAGACUUGGUUUGGUUAUUUUUGUAGAUGUAUUCACUUGUAAUGAUUCAAUGUUAUUGUGUACCUACUAAUAAUGGGCUGAUUCCAAAAGGUUUUAUUCCGUUCCUACCAAAAAUUGUGGUCUCGAUAUCAGUUCUAAUUCCUGUGUUAAUUUUUACUAAAAAAUAAAAAUAUGGCCCAUUUCUGUAUAAUUUCUAUCACAAUUUGUAUUAGAGAUAUGCUGUUAACAAACAGUAAAAUGUUAUUCUAAUACUGACGCCGUACCAAAAUUUGGUCACAAUUCAGAAUUUUAUACCAAUUCCUGAGUAAAUAAUAAGUGAAAAUAACUUAAUAUUAUUAAUAACUACAUAGGAACAACUACAGAAUUUAGAUAUGAUAGGAAGAGCAGGCUUACCUUUACCAGACUAAAAGGAUGUUCCUCUUCUUCAUCACAGAGACGUAAAAAAAACAAACUCUGUGAAGAAGUUAAUUUUGCUCUUCUUAUACUAUCUAAAUACUCAUGUUAAAACCUGACUCUUUGGCCUCUUUAAUCAUAAAUAGUGACUAAGAAAACAAUACAAUAAAUAGUAUUGUGAUGAAUUUGGUCAAUAGGAGUAGCUAAUCAAAAACUAAACAAGCCACUCUUAGCUUUGAUGAAAUAGUUUAGUAUACAAAAAAUACAUGAUAUUCUUAUAGAGGACAUAUUUAUAAACUGCAAAAACUAGGGUAUAAACAGAAAUCAGCAAAUGUCUGUUUGUUUCCUUACGAGGCAAUGCACUAAUAGACAUCGGAAAUGGUAAUUGUAAGCUAAAUAUUAUUCACUAAACAAUGAUAAUUUGGUAAUCAAUCUAUGCGUUUUCAUUCUCAAAAUAAAACAAAACGUUUUAGCAAUAGUUAAUUUACGUACUAUCGAUCAGUUGUACGCGAAUAGUUGCAGCAAACUUGUAGUGAUGUGCGAUCAAAAAAUGUCUAAAAUACGGAGAUAAAAUUAUUUAUUACUUAUAAAAUUAUGGUAGGCUACUUUGUUAAAUUGGUCAUCUGUCUAGCUAACAUAUUUGAACUAAUUGAAUUUAAUAGUCUGAAAAAUCUUGGAAAUUUGUAGUUGUGUGUACUUAUUUCUCUAAUAAUAAAGUUGUAUCUAACUGAUACAACAUUAGUGCUCUUUGUUGAGGGAUUCUGUACUUGACUAAUCUAAUUCAGUGAGGGAGCCAGCAGGGAGUCCAAGGGGUGCGGACCACCCCAAAUUUUCAAAUACUUUUUAGCAAACUAUUAUUAUUAUUUAGAUAAAUAAUUCAGUAUUAGUGUCAUUUAUUAAUGAGAUACAUAUUAUCAAGAUUGAAACAGGUCAAGAACUUUUGAAGGAACAAAGUGGGGAAUGAGCUGUUGACUGCAUUUGCCUUACUUUCUGCUCACUAUGAGAAAAUAUCAGUCAUCUGGACCACCCCCCCCAAAUGUUUUCCCACUUACGUUCUUGAGAGUCAAAAUACCCAAGAACCAAAAUACUACUUGAGAGCCCUUGCCUAAUUCAUUUUAAAAAUAUCUAAUGUCACUAUAACAGGAAAAACUAAAUUUUACAAUUUGUCAAGAAUUCUAUUUUCAGGGGAAAUAGUUAGUGUUUAGUUCCAAUAAAUUAUUGAAAUGUUAUUGUUUUUAUAAAUAAUACAAACAUAUUUUACUGAUUACCUCAUAGCAUAAAAGUACAUGGUUAGUUUGAUGUUAUAAGAACAUGAGUGUCAUUCUUGUGAUUGUGAUAAAUGAGAGAUUGUAAGAUUGGGUAACUUGCGGAAGUUUUGUGAUAUUGUGUUAUGUACAAAACUAAGCGAUUGAACUUUUAUAAGUACAUGUAUAAUGGUUUUGUUUGUGAUAUUGCCCUAUGUGUUGUGUACAAAAUUAAUAAAUUGUUUUUUUAUAAGUACA